GUGCCUGCAUAAAUAUCACCUACAGCCAGUGCCAAAUGCUGCCAUAUAACCACACCACUCUAACAUCUGUUCUUUCCAUUGUCAAAAACAUUGAAAUGGAAAAGUUCCUCAAGUUCUUCAGUUAUCUCAACCGCCUCAGCUGCUAUCAACACAUCAUGCUGUUCGGCUGUAGCCUUGCUCUUCCUGAGUGCAUCAGUGAUGGUGAUGACAGUCGAGGACUCCUGCCCUGUAGAUCAUUUUGUGAGGCAGCAAAGGAAGGCUGUGAACCAGUUUUGGGGAUGGUGAAUUCUUCAUGGCCAGAGUUCCUCAAAUGUUCCCAGUUCCAAAACAGAACUGAAAAUGACAACAUCACAAGAGUCUGCUUCUCGCCAUGGCAAGAAAGAGGAAAAAAAUUGCUGUGCGGUGGAGAUGAGAGCUUCUUGUGUACCAGUGGAAUCUGCAUCCCUGGGAAACUACAGUGUAAUGGCUACAAUGACUGUGAUGACUGGAGCGAUGAGGCACAUUGCAAUUGCAGUGAGGAUGUGUUCCGUUGUACUACAGGGAAAUGCCUGAAUUACACCUUUGUUUGUGAUGGAUAUGAUGAUUGUGGAGACCUGAGUGAUGAACAAAACUGUGAUUGUAAUCCAUUAAUGCAACAUCGAUGUGGAGAUGGGAGAUGUAUAACGAUAGAUUGGGUAUGUGAUGGUGACCACGAUUGUAUAGACAAGUCAGAUGAAGUCAAUUGCUCAUGUUACAGUCAGGGUCUGGUGGAGUGCAGAAAUGGACAGUGCAUUCCCAGUGCUUUCCAGUGUGAUGGGGAUAAUGACUGUAAGGAUGGAAGCGAUGAAGAUAAUUGCAGUGAAAAUAAGGAUCACACACCAUGUCAGGAAGGAGACCAUAGAUGUAUUGAUACUUCCUGCCCUGAUUCUUGUGGCGUCUCUUCUCUCUGUGACAUGAACAAUAGCCAGACAAAUUGUAGUCAGUGUGAACCAAUUACUCUGGAGCUCUGCAUGAACCUGCCUUACAACUAUACUAACUACCCAAACUACUUGGGCCAUAGGACUCAGAAGGAAGCCUCCAUCAGCUGGGAGUCUUCCCUUUUUCCAGCGUUGGUUCAGACUAACUGCUACAAGUAUCUCAUGUUUUUUGCGUGUACAAUCUUGGUACCAAAAUGUGACCCUCAAACAAAUCAGCGUAUCCCACCCUGCAGAGUGCUGUGUGAACAUUCCAAGGAACGCUGUGAAUCUGUGCUUGGGAUUGUUGGCCUGCAGUGGCCAGAAGACACAGACUGCAUUCAGUUCCCAGAUGAAAACUCAGACAACCGAACUUGCCUAACACCCGAUGAGGAUGUAGAAGAGUGCUCACCUAGCCACUUCAAGUGCCGUUCUGGGAGGUGUGUCUUGGCCUCCAGAAGAUGUGAUGGUCAGGCUGACUGUGAAGAUGAUAGCGAUGAGGACAAUUGUGGUUGUAGAGAAAGAGGUCUUUGGGAAUGUCCAUCAAACAAGCUCUGUAUCCAGCAUGCCAUGAUCUGCGAUGGCUUUCCAGAUUGUCCUGACAAGAUGGAUGAAAAGAACUGCUCAUUUUGCAAGGCAGAUGAGCUUGAAUGUGCCAGUCAUGAUUGCGUGCCACGUGAGCUAUGGUGCGAUGGGCAGCUAGACUGCGUGGACAACUCAGAUGAAUGGAACUGUGUGACUCUAUCUAAAAACACAAGCUCUUUCACAUUCCUGACAAUUCAAAGGUCAGCGAUGAACUACCAUGUUUGUGCCGAUGAGUGGCAAGAAAAUUUAAGCCAACUGGCCUGCAAUCAAAUGGGUUUAGGGGGGCCAUCUGCAACAGAAAUUGUGCAAGAAAAUGAACUACUACACCAUCAGAAGUGGCUGAAUCUGCACUCUGACUGGAAGAAUAAAAAUGCAUCCACGUUGCCUGCCCUUCUACAGAAAGGGCGGUUGUGUGAAAGCAGAAGCAAAGUUUCCCUUCUCUGUACCAAAAAAGAUUGUGGCCGUCGCCCUGCAGCUCGAAUGAGCAAGAGGAUCCUUGGUGGCAGGACUAGUCGUCCAGGACGAUGGCCAUGGCAGUGCUCUCUGCAGAGUGAACCAAGUGGGCACAUAUGUGGCUGUGUUUUGAUUGCAAACAAAUGGGUUUUGACGGUAGCACACUGCUUUGAGGGGAGAGAAAAUGCUGCAGUCUGGAAAGUGGUGUUUGGUAUAAACAAUCUGGAUCAUCCAUCUAUCUUCAUGCAGACCCGACUGGUGAAGACUAUUAUCUUGCAUCCACGCUAUAACAGAGCAGUAGUUGACUAUGAUAUCAGCAUUGUAGAACUAAAUGAAGAUAUCAAUGAGACAAGUUAUGUAAGGCCAGUCUGCUUACCAAGCAGGGAGCAGUUGGUUGAGCCAGAUACCUACUGCUACAUCACAGGCUGGGGACACAUGGGCAACAAAAUGCCUUUUAAACUUCAAGAAGGAGAAGUUCGUAUUAUUUCCCUUGAGCAAUGCCAGUCAUACUUUGACAUGAAAACCAUCACCAACAGGAUGUUAUGUGCAGGCUAUGAGUCUGGAACAGUGGACUCUUGCAUGGGCGACAGUGGAGGACCAUUAGUUUGUGAGCAGCCUGCAGGACGCUGGACAUUGUUUGGUUUAACCUCAUGGGGCUCAGUCUGCUUUUCCAAAGUUUUGGGGCCUGGAGUUUAUAGCAACGUGUCACACUUCAUUGAAUGGAUUGAAAGACAAAUAUACAUCCACACUUUUCUAUUAAACUAAUGCCAGAAGGUUAGCAUUGUGCUGAGAUACGAGGGGCAAAGAUCAUUGGCAUUUAAGCCUUGAAGAUUGUGCAAUCAAGAAAUUAAAGAGAAAGUUACAAGUUCAGUAUUGUUGAUGAAGAGGUAUGGAAAAUGCAGCAUCAGUGAAUUGACUAAACACUCUGCCACUGAAGAUGCUGUAAGGCAGGACUAAUAAUUUUUGUAAUCCUUUUCGAUUUUCCUUUAGCUGUGUUACCAUUCCAGGCACAAUAAAGGUAGAACCAGCCAAUUUUCUGCCUUUCAGACAUUUAAAUGAAGCUGUAGCACACACUUAGUAAAAACGAUAAAUGUUUUAGGGGAAAAUGAACAGUAGUAGUAGUAGUAUAGUUUUAGCCCACAAUUCUUUCAGUGAACAAUAGAAUCAAUACAUUCUUAAAGAUGACACUGAGGUCUGUACUAAAAUGAGCCCUUUUGCUACCUCAAGUUUGCUCCCAUGUUAGCAAAGCAGGGCUUUAUAAAAAAAAUACAACAGGCGUGAGAGACUAUGUAGUUCUUUGAGACAAGUGAUAAGUGGAUUUCUGGACACUGUCACAGUACAAUUAAGUCACAUAGUUCAGACUACUGUAAACUGAAACAUUUACCUCUGAAGUUCAGUAUCUUCAGUUUUGAUGAAUCUAAUGAAAGGUAUAGAAAUAUUCACUGUCUUCUUAUAUAUUAAUAGGAUUAUGGAUUUUUAAACUACUUUUAAGUCAUUGUUGUAUUACAGUUUCACUAUGAGGAAAGAAAGCCCAGUGACUUGACAGUAUGUUUCAUUUGAUAUUAUGGGUUUAGGGGACAGCAAAAUAUGAAAAUAACUCUCCCCUGACCUCCAAGUAAUACAGCUUUAUCCAAAUUUCUUCAAUUCAGGGCUUCAUCUGACUUGUGCAAAAAGAGAGAGGCUGUCAACAUUCUAAUCUUGAAUGCUAAAAGGUAUAGAAUUUACAAUUUCCAAUUGUCCAUGCUCUGUCUUUCUUAAUAGGACCAGCUCCUCCACUGGUGGUCAUUCAGCUCCUCUCUUUUAUUAAAGUUGUCAGCGUCACAGGGUUAUUUUUUUUUUCAGAAAAAAAAAUUGAAAAAUUUCAUUAAAUGAAUAGCCUGUCCUGACUUCUCUGUUCACCAAAAAUAUAAUUAAAGUUGGCUUUGAUUUUAUUGUAAAGCACUGGAACACUUACAGCCCUUCUAAUAUAUAUGUAAGCACUGCCAAAAGAUAAUAUUUAAGGUAAUUUCCUAUUUUCUCAUUGAGUAUAUGGGUCUUGGCCUGCCACCAGCUUUCAAGCAACACUCCCCAGUAACAUAAAUGAGUUCUGCUUAAAAUCUGAUGGCACCAUGUAACCCAUUGAAUCGUAUUACCUUUGUUAGGAAAUUGUGUCCCAAGUGGUGUUAGAAAAGUUUUUUCAAAAUUAUUUCUGCUGCAACAUUCCAUGUAAAGAUAUUUGUAAUUUUAUAAAUGUAUUUUUAUACUGCUUUUCCCUUUCUAUGUGCACAUGAAAAUACUCUAUCUAGGUUUUAAAGAAUCAAACUUACUUCCCCUUUCUGUAUAUUGUCAUAUCUAUGACAAUCAGAAAUAUCUAACAAGCUUAUCCCCAUUUUAAGGUGAUAAACACACAUUUAUUGCUUCACUCCUGUCAACUAUUGUGCCACAUGGAAUUAACAUUGCACCAACUAGACAACUGUGUUUAUUUCUACUCCUGUUAAACAAGUAUGUAUAACAUUUCUCCAAUAAUUUCUGUGAUUCAAAAUAAACAUGUUUUUAUUCUUG